AUGACACCUGCUUUUACACAGGAAAUCGUGGGCCACGGCGAUCGAGCCACAUCCCUGGACAAUUGGGGCGAGGCUGCUGAAGGGCGGCAUGAUGCCGACCGAACCAGAUACAAUCGCUCACGAUACUGGAAAAGCUCGAGAAUGGUGCAGUCAAGACAAAAGGAGCAGGCCGAGAGCCCAAGACUCACGAACCUAGACAUGCUCUGUCUGAGAUUGGAGAUGCCGACCUCAGAACUGAAGACUCCGGACAACACGGCUCCCGAACAGCUAUUACCUCAGGGACCUCAACCAGAAGAUCCACUUGGUGCAACAAAUCAACCAACAGUAUCAUGGGUGCCUUGA